UCUGCUUUGACAACAAAAGACACACAGCUCAUAGAGAUGAUGAAGGAACGUGCAAAGAAGAUUCGUGAAGAAGAAGAUGAGGAGAUGUUUCAGGCAGCAGAAAGAGAACUCUUUUUAAAAAGCAAUGCAAAAGACUCAGAAAAUAAACCAACUGCUGAAGAACUCAUUGAGAAAAAGAUUGAAAAACCACAAAAGUUGGACAUAUCAAUGUGGGAAAAACAAAGUCCAGAUGUAUUAAAACCUAAGCGAUUUGUUCGUCCCAAAUCGCAUCGAGGAAAAACGGUGGACAUUGGAGAAAUUAGGAAAGCUGCUGAAGAAUCUGCUCAGCAAGCAAGUCCAUUUAAACAUGAGGGCACACCUACUUGCCCUGAACGACAUGUGACUACCCCUGCUUAUGUAGAUGUACCUGCUACCAAACCACCAGUUCCCACCCCUUCAUCCACUAUAUCACAAGAAGUAGAGGCAGAUAGACGUAAACCUUGUGAUCAACAUGAACUCAAAGAACCUGAAAAACAAGACCUUGAUGCAACAUCAGCAGAACGCUACAGUUCCCCGUUUCACCGAAUCCCACAUUUCCUGCUGUCGCCUGAUGGGGGCGAUGCACAGCAUGAUAAACUUAAGCACCGCAGACAAAGCCAAAGGUUUAGGACACAGCCGGUAACGAAACCGGAGGUACUGGCUGCCAAACAGCUGACUUCAGUGGAUGGCGCAGAAAAUGAAAAUGAAAAAGACGAAUUGUCACAGAUGAGCGUCUCUGAGAAAAAAAAAUUGUUUUUGCAAAUGCAGAAGGAGCAGGCCGAAUUGAAAGCCGCUGAAGCAAAACGUGGUAAACCAAAACGUUUUGCACGGAGGUUACGAAGUUCUGAAAGGUCACAGACCCAACCAGUGACACUGGAAGAAGUAAAAACUGCUGCAACAUUGGCAGAAGAGGAGGAAGAGGCACGUGUGAGAGCAAAAAUUGAGGAAGAAAUCAGGAAAGCCAAAGAAGAUGUGAAAGAAGAAGAUAAACUUUCUCAACUCAGUCUAGCUGAAAAAAUGAAUCUCUUUAAAAAUAUUGCCGAAACCCCUCCAGAAAAACCUCCCCCGAAACGAGUUUUGCCAACACGUAAGAAAAAACGUCAAGGAUCACGGUAUAAAACGCAGCCUGUCACAAUUGAGGAGUUGCAAAGUGCUAAAAAAAUCUCACCACUUGCUAUCAGCUUCAGCAAACCUCCCGACCCUGAGCUAUUAGCGACUCUGCCCCUGUCAGACCAGAUCGCACUUGUGUAUGGAGACACUGGGGGCAGUACUGCAACCCCCGAACCAAGCGGUUCAACUAAACCAAAAUCGGUUCUCAGGAGAAGCUCUGUUUCUAACAUCGCUGAGAACAGAGGGAUUCUUAAAGAAUCGGACAAAAAAGAGGAUGAUAAAGAUAGACCACGCGGCAUCCUUAAAUCUGAAAAAUCUGAAGAACGUGAAGAUAUUCACAAAGAAGUUCGAAGUAUUUUAAAAAGUGAGAGACGAGACUCUGACGAUUCGUUACCUGAAAGGGUGAGGGGAAUUCUGAAAUCUGAAAGGCGAAGCUCUGGAUCUGAGGAGGGAGAACGCAGUAUCUUGAAGAAAACUGAUUCCAUCGAAAGUACAUCAGAUGAGGGCAGUCCAAGACGAUCAGUCAAACCAGAAAAGGGUAUGUUGAAACAGCCAAGUCCAGAUCCAGUGAGGAAGCAUGCCGGAGUCAUAAAACAUUCCCCACCAAAGACAACACCAGAAAGGUUCAAAACACAGCCAAUUGAAAGUCCGGAAAGUGCAACCAAGAAGAGACAUUUACAUAAAUAUUCUCUGGAUCCGGAACGACACAAAACUCAACCAAUCACAGUGAAGGAAAUAGAGGCUGUGCAGAUGCCAACAGAAGGGAUGCCGAAGUCAUCAUCAAUAGCAGACAGACUUGCUGCAUUGAAAAAGAAUGGUGAUGAUAAUUGGAAAAAACGAAUCGAAAAGUACGAUGACUCUCCAACGACGAAUUCCAAGGAAUCAGUAGGCGAAAAUGGCACAAUAAACAACAUGGACGAAGUGAAACUACGAGAUAAGUCCAACCUGUCAAAUGGAGGACGACCUCAGAGUGUUGCUGAACGUUUACAACAGUUACAAGAAUGUGAACAUACGUGGAAAGACCGAGUAGAGACGCACGAUGCCCAUAAACAUACGGUCGCUGGCAAGCUGUUAAAAGCUGGUAAGGAAGUAACUCCUGCUCGGGCGCGGCGACCAAGGAAAGCACGGCCGUUAUCAGGAUCUUUCAAAUUACCUGAAGGAAUGCUGGAGGGUAAACCAAAAGAGGGGCAGAAGCAGUCUCCACUCGCUGCCAGCAAAUCAAAGGAGGAGAUUGAAUCUAAAAUAUAUGGGAGUAGCAGCUCCACUACAUCGUCUGAUUUCACAUCAGAGUCGGAAUUAGAACCUCAGCCGACUGCCGUGGAAAUACAUCAACCAGACAAUGAGGAUUUCACAGAAUUUUUCAAAAGUUCAUCGGUGACUGUGGAGAAAAGUUUUUCAAAACUAACGACAAAAAGUGAAACAAUUCAUGAGGUUGAUGUGUCAGACUUUGAUUUAUUGGCUGGUGCUGCCAAGCCAAUGCUCACACCACUUGGAGUACAAAAACGGACUGCAAUGCCACAGAGGCGUGCUAAGGCUUCGAGUAAUCCAUUGAAAACAUUAAAAGCAAGACCCGACGUGAAAUCGGAAUAUACUGAGAUUAGGGCAGGUCAUGCUGAGCGUGAAUUCAAACGAACAAAGAAGGAGCAGAUUGAGAAAGAAUCAACAUUUGCUUCCAGUGCUCUCGCUGGCCUUGCAAGUACGGAAGAUUUCAGCAAUGUAGCUCUUAGAAAGACAUCAGAUGUUCUAGCUGCUGACCAAUCAGCUCUGUUAUUACCAUAUAAGGACGUUAUGCUUUUACAAAUCAAAGGUCGGCGUUCAGUGCAAGUGAGACUAGUUGAACCAGUCCCAGCAUCACUAAACAAAGGCGACUGUUUUGUGUUAGUUACACCAAAGGCGCUGUAUCUAUGGCAAGGAGAAUAUGCUAAUGUGAUCGAGAAAGCGAAGGCAGGUGAAGUUGCUCAGACGAUCCAAGCUAAGAAAGAUCUUGGAUGUAAAGCAGGUGCUAUUACAAUGAUAGACGAAGAGAAAGGAGAGUUUAUGGGACAGUACAGAGCUUGGAGGAACUUCUUUGAAACCAUUGGAGGCAGAGAUAAAUAUGGAGAUGCUGGACCCCCAGAGGAAGAUGAGGAUUACGAGGUGUUUUUGACGGAAGCCAAUAUGAUGUACACUGUGACAGAUGACUCCCUAGUACCAAUAGAAGAAUACUGGGGGGUUUCCCCUAAAGUAGCAAUGUUAGAUUCCACUCAGGUAUUAGUGUUUGAUUUUGGGAGUGAGUUGUACAUAUGGCAAGGAAGACAGUCAUCGUUACCAGCACGCAAGAUGGGUGUCAGAUUAGCUAAGCAAUUAUGGGAUACCGGAUUUGAUUAUUCAGAUUGUGAAUAUAAUCCCUUCUAUCCUAUGGAUCAUAACAAACCAAAGAAAGGUCAACGACCACCAUGGGCUCUUUUUGCUAAGGUGAAUGAAAGAGUGGAGACCGUCUUAUUCCGGAGUAAAUUUCAAGAUUGGCCAGAUGAUUCCCGGAUAAUUAAAGUUAAAGGGCCAGAAACUGAAGAACAAAAGGGUGAAGUUAUGGAAUUGAAACCAUACGAUGCAAAAAUGAUGGCGACUCCAAACAAAGAGAAACCCUACCUGGUCUUAGAAGGUGUUAAUGUUGGAAGAGGAACCGGUUUGGACUGUAAUGAGAGAAAGGAUAAACAAAUAGAAGGUUACUACGACAAAGUUGAAAGGCGUGGUACGGUGAUUACGACACUGUCUGUUGUAACAUGGCAUGUUUUAGAAUAUGAACACAGUAUAGUACCGAAGGAAUCUUUUGGUCAAUUCCAUGAAGGUGACACAUACGUAGUACGAUGGCAGUUUAGGGUUGAAGCUGCUGACAUGAAAGACCUAAAGGGGAAUCUAUCAAAGAGAGCAAAAGGUCAUGGCAAAGAAAAAUGUGCUUACUUCUUUUGGCAGGGAUUAAAGAGUACUAUUAAUGAAAAAGGAGCUUCAGCACUGAUGACUGUAGAGUUAGAUGAAGAAAGAGGACCACAGAUUCGUGUCGUGCAAGGAAAAGAGUCUCCAGCUUUCCUUCAGUUAUUCCAAGGUGCGAUGGUCAUCCAUAUUGGCAAGAGAGAAGAAGAGGACACCAAUACGCAAGGGGCCUACAGACUUUACUGCGUUCGUUCAGAGGACCCAAGCGAAGGAUUCCUCGUAGAAGUACCGUGUACUGUGCAAUACCUUAGAUCUAGAACAGCAUUUAUUCUGUUAAAUCUAGAACACCUCAAGAGAAACAAAGCUGAAAUUAUUCUUUGGUUUGGUUCCAAAGCCUCUUCUGCGAUCCGCAAAGUAGCGAAGGCCACAGCCAAUCAACUCAAAGAAAGACGCCCGUUAGAAUGCAGUUUAAGUAAAGAAGUUGAAGUGAAAAUAACUGAAAUGGAAGAAGGAGAUGAGAGUACUUUAUUCUGGAAAGCAUUGGGAGAAAAGAGAAGCAAGAAAUCAACUUAUAACUGCCUUAUAGACACGCCCCUCACUUAUGACUACUCUGCACGUUUAUUUCACUUGACAAGUACAUCUGGUGUGUUUGAAGCUAUAGAAAUCUUAAAUCCGAGUAGAUCAGAUCGAUUCAUUUCUCCAUUUCCGUUCUUGCAGUCCGAUUUAUACAACGUUUCACAACCUGCCCAAUUUUUAUUUGACAAUCACACGGAGAUGUACUUAUGGCAAGGUUGGUGGCCGGAAGACAGAGAUGAAGCCCAUUAUGGUACCGGCUCGGCCAAAAUGAGAUGGGAUCAAGAUAGGAAAUUAGCCAUGGAAACUGUAAUGGAUUACUGUCAAGAGAAAUCUUCUAAAAAGCCAGUUAAAGCUUAUAUAGUCGACGCUGGACUAGAACCAAUGACAUUUACAAAUUUGUUCCCUUACUGGCAUCAUCCCAAAGAAGUGGAAGAACUGAACAGAAAGGAGGGUAAGACUGGUGAUGUUUUGUUAGUCAAGGACGUCCUAGCACAGUUGACCAAAUCAAGAUAUACAUUGGAGGAAUUAAAAGUGCGCCCUCUACCAGAAGGUGUAGAUCCAUCUAAACUUGAAGCAUACCUAUCAGAUGAAGAAUUCCAGAAAGUACUGGAAAUGUCAAAAGAAGAAUUCUAUCAACUACCACCAUGGAAGCAAAACAAUCUGAAAAAGGAUCAUGUACUUUUCUAAUCGCAGUGGAAAAAAAAGCUUUUCAUGGAAAUGAAUGCAAAGGAAUUUUGACUUGCAAUUGCUAUAGUGGUUGCCAUGGAUACAAAAAUGUUUUUACGAAUGUAUGCAUUUGCUGAUUGUGUUUUGAUUAUGACUACAAGACGUUACAGAAAGAAAGAUGACAUAUCUGUUAUGAAUCUUGAAAUCUUGUUUGAUGAAACGUUAAAGAUAGUGUGUGUUCAUAUGUAGUGUAUAAAGACUUCAUCCUGUUGCUAAAUACGCCAAGUCAUCAUGGAAUGCCGAGAGGAAAUCUACGCAUUAUAUCAACUUCUGUCAAAUUAUUUUACAAAACUCAAACACCAAUGGUCAUCUGAACAUUGUAGUGAUUAAUCUGUUUCCAUGGCAACUCACAGCCAGUUUGUGCAAUGUAUUGUGAGUGUCGUCUGCUGCCAUUUUGUAUUAGACGUUCAUACCACAUAGUAACAGUGUCCAUAGCAACAAGUUAAAACAAAUCUGACAAUCAUUUUAAAACAUGUUUUUGACUGUACUUUUGUUACCUUUUUUAUAUGUAGUUAAUUUAUAUUUUUUGUUUUUGUUGUUUAAUAGUUAUAACUCUAUGCUGCCUUCAAAUAAUCAUGCAAUUUAUAAUGGUAAUGAACCUGCCUUGUGAAAUUUGACUCUGUCUUCCAGGUUUGCCAAAUUACAAUCCGUUAGCUAUGACCUUUGAAAACAUUACAAGUAUGCUAUAUUAUGAUAUAAAUUGAUUUUCAAAGAAGCAAAAAUUUAAUAUCGACUCAUUCUCUUAAAAACUCACUGUUAGUAAGUUAAUUCAGAUUGCCCAAAAGAUUCUUGGGCGGUUGGUUGAAGUGGUGCUUAUAUGGUCAAAGGGUAUGAAUGAAUGAAUGAAGGAAGGCCAAUAGUGUUACGAUGUAUAAAUGUAUGACAUUUACAGUUUUUUUUAUUCAUCUUCCUUCUGGGGUGCUAGAAUUCUACAAUUGUCUGAUUUCUGGACUCGGAGAUAAACUUGAUAACUGACAAUCAUCUUAUUUUGGGUGACUCUUGCGUAUCUAUGGAAUCGGCUUUACAACUUUUUUUCUGAAUUUUUAAGAGACCUUUAAUUCAAGCCUAUACACCAGUGUAUCUAUUGAACGGAUUGGUUCUUACAGAAGUAGCUUAGACAUCUGACUUUGGUUUGACAAGACUGAACCCAAACAAGAACUGCUUUAAGUUUACAGCUGUUGUAGAUGUAACUUUAAAAGUUACAAAUAUGCUGCAAAGACACUCCAGAUAAUAUUAUUAACUAACAAACUUAACUUUCAGACUCCCAGCCCACCUUAUGUCUUAAGGAGAAUGGCCAGUUGGUUGAUUUACAUUUCAAAAUAAAUGAACUUAUUUCUUAUAUCAAUAAAGCUAAAUAGCUCCCUCUGUGGUGGUUUUUAUUCAUUGUUUUUUUUAACUUUAAUAAAACGUUUUUGAUUUGAAAUGAGUGGAGGUUUUUUUGAUUCAAACCGUGGAAAGUAACACUAGAGAGUGCUGUUCCUAUAAGCGUUGCCAACUGGCAGACUGGUAAGUUUUUAUAUCAUAAAUGUAGAUUUUUUUUGUAUUUAUAUUUCAAUUAUUGUUUUAAAAAGAAUAAUCCAACAUGUUCAAAGGGUGCUCAAUAUAUAUUAUCUGCAUAUCAUGGUUACCAUAGCAAUGGGUGGAUAUUUGUAGUUUGUGAUUUUUUUUUUUGUAAAAAAAAUUGUAAAGAUAGUAAAAAAAAUGAAAAUGUCAUUUGUGAUAAGAAGGAACUUGAAGAUAGUCUGAAAAAUAUUUGUAUUAUUGUUUUAGUCGUCAACAGUGUAAAUAUGUUUCCUUGCACACACCUCUGUAUGGAAUAGUAUAGUCCAGUUAUCAUAGUGUAGUAAUGUACCACAUCUCGGGGUGGUGAAGAGAUUUGGCAGGGUUAGUUUCUGCUUUUAUGGGUGAAUUUGAUUAUGUACUUACAUCAAUCGCAAAUAAAGUCGCCUUGUGUUAAACAGA